GCUGCCCCCUGCCUUCCUCCAUCCAGCCAUGAAUUGGUGCCCAUCAACACUGAGAGUGCACCGAAGAAUGUAGCCAACACGGGAGAAGGAGCUUUCCGGGGUCGAAACACACGGAAAAGCCUUGAGGAAGACGGCUCCGCCAGAGUCACCCCGAGUGUCCAGCCCCAUCCCCAGCCUAUCAGAAACAUGAGCGUGAGCCGGACCAUGGAGGACAGCUGUGAGCUGGACCUGGUGUACGUCACGGAGAGGAUCAUCGCCGUCUCCUUCCCCAGCACAGCCAACGAGGAGAACUUCCGGAGCAACCUCCGAGAGGUGGCCCAGAUGCUCAAGUCCAAACAUGGUGGCAGCUACCUGCUUUUCAACCUCUCUGAGCGGAGGCCUGACAUCACGAAGCUCCAUGCCAAGGUACUGGAAUUUGGCUGGCCUGACCUUCACACCCCAGCCCUGGAGAAGAUCUGCAGCGUCUGCAAGGCCAUGGACACUUGGCUCAAUGCAGACCCUCACAACGUCGUCGUUCUACACAAUAAGGGAAACAGAGGCAGGAUCGGCGUUGUCAUUGCAGCUUACAUGCACUACAGCAACAUUUCUGCCAGCGCUGAUCAGGCCCUGGACCGGUUUGCAAUGAAGCGGUUCUAUGAGGAUAAGAUUGUGCCAAUUGGCCAGCCAUCCCAGAGAAGGUACGUGCACUACUUCAGUGGCCUACUCUCUGGCUCCAUCAAAAUGAACAACAAGCCCUUGUUUCUGCACCACGUGAUCAUGCACGGCAUCCCCAACUUCGAGUCUAAAGGAGGGUGUCGGCCCUUUCUCCGGAUCUACCAGGCCAUGCAGCCUGUCUACACGUCUGGCAUCUACAACGUCCAAGGAGACAGCCAGACCAGCAUCUGCAUCACCAUCGAACCUGGACUGCUCUUGAAGGGAGACAUCUUGCUGAAGUGCUACCACAAGAAGUUCCGGAGCCCCGCCCGAGAUGUCAUCUUCCGAGUGCAGUUCCACACCUGUGCCAUCCACGACCUGGGGGUUGUCUUUGGGAAGGAAGAUCUUGAUGAUGCCUUCAAAGAUGAUAGAUUUCCAGAAUAUGGCAAAGUAGAAUUUGUAUUUUCUUAUGGACCAGAGAAAAUUCAAGGCAUGGAACACCUGGAGAACGGGCCGAGCGUGUCGGUGGACUAUAACACCUCCGACCCCCUCAUCCGCUGGGAUUCCUAUGACAACUUCGAUGGGCAUCGAGAGGACGGCCUGGAGGAGGUGGUGGGUCACACUCAGGGACCUCUGGACGGGAGCCUGUAUGCCAAGGUGAAGAAGAAGGACUCCCUGCACGGCAGCACUGGGGCUGUCAACGCCGUGCGCCCCGCCCUGUCGGCCACCCCCAACCACGUGGAGCACACCCUCUCCGUGAGCAGCGACUCAGGCAACUCCACAGCCUCCACCAAGACAGACAAGACCGACGAGCCUGCCCCCGGGCCCUCCAGUGCCCCUGCUGCCCUGAGUCCCGAGGAGAAGCGCGAGCUGGACCGCCUGCUCAGUGGCUUCGGUGUCGAGAGAGAGAAGUCAGGGCCCAUGUACCGCACGCAGCAUCUCCGGUCCCGCCCCGUGGGGGGCCCGGCCGUGCCCUCCUCCGGCCGCCAUGUCGUCCCAGCCCAGGUUCAUGUCAACGGCGGGGCCUUGGCAUCUGAGCGGGAGACGGACAUCCUGGAUGAUGAGUUGCCCAACCAGGACGGGCACAGCGUGGGCAGCAUGGGCACACUGUCCUCCCUGGAUGGGGUCACCAACACCAGUGAGGGAGGCUACCCAGAGGCCCUGUCCUCACUGACCAACGGGCUGGACAAGCCCUACCCCGUGGAACCGAUGGUCAAUGGCGGGGGCUACCCCUAUGAGUCCGCCGGCCGGGUGAUGCCUGCCCAUGCCGGCCACACGGCCCCCAUGCGGUCCUCCUACUCCGCACAGGAGGGUUUAGCCGGCUACCAGCGGGAGGGGCCCCACCCAGCCUGGCAGCAGCCAAUGACCGCCUCCCACUAUGGCCUUGACCCCAGCGGUAUGUUCCGCUCCCAGUCCUUUCCGGAGAGUGAGCCCCAGCUGCCCCCAGCUCCAGCCCGUGGGGGCAGCAGCCGGGAGGCUGUGCAGAGGGGCCUGAAUUCCUGGCAGCAACAGCAACCUCGUCCGCCCCCUCGCCAGCAGGAGAGAGCCCACCUGGAGAGUCUCGGGCCCAGCAGGCCCAGCCCCCAGCCGCUGGCCGAGACCCCCACCCCCAGCCUCCCUGAGUUCCCAAGCGCAGCCUCCCAGCAGGAGAUCGAGCAGUCCAUCGAAGCACUCAACAUGCUGAUGCUGGAUCUGGAGCCGGCCGCAGCUGCCACCCCCCUGCACAAGUCCCAGAGUGUCCCGGGGGCCUGGCCAGGGGCUUCCCCGCUGUCCUCCCAGCCUCUCUCCGGCUCCGCCUGCCAGCCCCAUCCACUGACCCAGUCCAGGUCUGGCUACAUCCCCAGUGGGCAUUCCUUGGGAACCCCUGAGCCGGCCCCGCGGGCCUCCCUGGCCCUGGAGUCCUUCCCUUCUGGCAGGCCUUACUCCCCUUAUGAUUAUCAGCCAUGUCCUGCUGGGUCCAGCCAGAGUUUCCGUCCAAAGAGCCCAGCCUCGUCCUCCUCAUCUGCCUUCCUUCCAACCACCCAUAGCCCUCCAGGGCCUCAGCAGCCCCCAGCCUCUCUCCCUGGCCUCACUGCUCAGCCUCAACUCCCACCAAAGGAGGCAACUUCAGACCCAUCCCACACUCCAGAGGAGGAGCCACUGAACCUGGAGGGGCUGGUGGCCCACCGGGUAGCAGGGGUGCAGGCUCGGGAGAAGCAGCCUGCAGAGCCCCCAGCCCCUCUCCGGAGGCGGGCAGCCAGCGAUGGACAGUAUGAGAACCAGUCUCCAGAACCCGCAUCCCCCCGUAGCCCUGGGGUUCGUUCCCCUGUCCAGUGCGUCUCCCCCGAGCUGGCUCUCACCAUCGCCCUCAAUCCUGGAGGGCGGCCCAAAGAGCCCCAUCUGCACAGCUACAAGGAGGCCUUUGAGGAGAUGGAGGGAACCUCCCCGACCAGCCCACCGCCCAGUGGGGUGCGCUCCCCUCCAGGUCUGGCCAAGACGCCCCUGUCUGCUCUCGGCCUGAAACCCCACAACCCAGCGGACAUCCUGCUGCACCCUACAGGUGUCACCAGAAGACUGAUCCAGCCAGAGGAGGAUGAGGGGAAGGUGGUGACCGAGCUUCCCAAAGAGCCCCGGAGCUAUGUGGAGUCGGUGGUGAGGACAGCAGUGACUGGACCCCGAGCUCAGGACCCUGAGCCCAAGAGCUUCAGUGCCCCAGCUGCCCAGGCCUAUGGCCACGAGAUGCCCCUGAGGAAUGGGACCCUGGGAGGCUCCUUUGUCUCCCCCAGCCCCCUCUCCACCAGCAGCCCCAUCCUCAGUGCUGACAGCACUUCAGUGGGGAGUUUCCCAUCUGGGGAAAGCAGCGACCAGGGCCCCCGGACACCCACCCAGCCUUUGCUGGAUUUGGGCUUCCGUUCCGGCAGCCUGGGCCAGCCCAGUCCUUCGGCACAGAGAAGCUACCAGAGCUCUUCUCCUCUCCCACCCGUGGGCAGCAGCUACAGCAGCCCCGACUACUCACUUCAGCAGUUCAGCGCCCCGGAAAGCCAGACGCGGCCUCAGUUCACUGUGGCCGGCGUCCACACGGUGCCUGGGAGCCCUCAGGCUCGCCACAGGACAGUGGGCACCAACACCCCCCCCAGUCCUGGCUUUGGCCGCCGGGCCAUCAACCCCAGCAUGGCUGCCCCUGGUAGUCCCAGUUUGAGCCACCGCCAGGUGAUGGGUCCAGCAGGAACUGGUUUCCACGGUAGCACGGUCUCCAGCCCCCAGGGCAGCGCAGCGACCACUCCGGGAAGCCCCAGCCUGGGCCGGCAUCCCGGGGCCCACCAGGUUUCAGGCCUCCACGGCAGUGUGGCCACGACUCCGGGAAGCCCCAGCCUGGGCCGGCACCCUGGGGCACACCAAGGCAGCCUGGCCUCUGGUCUCCAUGGCAACGCAAUAGCCAGCCCUGGAAGCCCCAGCAUGGGCCGGCACCUGGUAGGGUCUGGAUCUGUGGUUCCCGGCAGCCCCAGCCUGGACCGGCACGUGGCCUGCGGUGGCUACUCCACCCCCGAGGACCCGAGACCCACGCUGUCCCGGCAGAGCAGUGCCUCCGGCUACCAGGCUCCCUCCACGCCCUCCUUCCCUGUGUCCCCUGCCUACUACCCAGGCCUGAGCAGCCCUGCCACCUCCCCAUCGCCCGACUCGGCCGCCUUCCGGCAAGGGAGCCCCACACCAGCCUUGCCCGAGAAGCGGAGGAUGUCCGUGGGAGACCGAGCGGGCAGCCUCCCCAACUACGCCACCGUCAAUGGGAAGGUGUCCUCCUCGCCUGUGGCCAGUGGCAUGUCCAGUCCCAGCGGGGGCAGCACCGUCUCCUUCUCUCACACCCUGCCCGACUUCUCCAAGUACUCCAUGCCAGACAACAGCCCCGAGACAAGGGCUAAAGUGAAGUUUGUCCAGGACACUUCCAAGUAUUGGUACAAGCCUGAGAUCUCCAGAGAGCAGGCCAUCGCACUCCUCAAGGACCAGGAGCCGGGGGCCUUCAUCAUCCGCGACAGCCAUUCCUUCCGAGGGGCCUACGGGCUGGCCAUGAAGGUGUCUUCUCCCCCUCCGACCAUCAUGCAGCAGAAUAAAAAAGGGGACAUGACCCAUGAGCUGGUGAGACAUUUCCUGAUCGAGACCGGCCCCAGAGGAGUCAAGCUCAAGGGGUGCCCCAAUGAGCCAAACUUUGGGUCUCUCUCUGCCCUGGUCUACCAGCAUUCCAUCAUCCCACUGGCUCUGCCCUGUAAGCUGGUCAUUCCAAACCGAGACCCCACAGAUGAAUCGAAAGAUAGCUCGGGCCCUGCCAACUCCACCACUGAUCUGCUGAAGCAAGGGGCAGCCUGCAACGUGCUCUUCGUCAACUCUGUGGACAUGGAGUCACUCACUGGGCCACAGGCCAUCUCCAAAGCUACUUCUGAGACACUGGCUGCUGACUCCACACCAGCUGCCACCAUUGUUCACUUCAAAGUUUCUGCACAGGGAAUUACACUGACUGACAACCAGAGAAAGCUCUUCUUCAGACGACACUACCCCCUCAACACUGUCACCUUCUGUGACCUGGAUCCUCAGGAGAGAAAGUGGAUGAAGACAGAGGGAGGUGUCCCUGCUAAGCUCUUCGGAUUCGUGGCCCGGAAGCAGGGCAGCACCACGGACAAUGCCUGCCACCUCUUCGCUGAGCUUGACCCCAACCAGCCCGCCUCCGCCAUUGUCAACUUCGUCUCCAAGGUCAUGCUGAGUGCCGGCCAGAAGAGAUGAACACCACCCCUCGCCCGGGGCCAGGGCAAUGGGGGGGAUGGGGCGAGUGGGGAGGGGACCCAUGAAUCCUGACCACCCUUGAAUCCAGAAGGAGGACUUUGGGCCAAUUUUGGAGAAGGAGAGAAGAAAGUGCAAUGUGGGGAGGGGGAAGUGAAUUGCAGAGGGGAAGGGGGAAGAGAGAGAGAGAGAGAAAGAAAAAGAUGGAGGAGAAUAACUUGGAUUCCCCUGGGUAGAGGGAUACUGUGGAGCCCUGAAAGCCUCCACCGCUCACCAGGUCCACCUAAUUCCCCCUUCCCCCCUCCGAGAGGAUGGGGCUCCUCAGAGGAGACAGACCAACUCCUUGGGGAUCUGUCAUUUGGGAGUAAAUGGAAAAGCUCUGUCUCCCUAACCCGACUGCUUCGCAAGGAGAAAUCAGAUUGAGAGAAUCCUUUUCUGGCCGCCUCCGGGGUAGAUUGGUGAACCAAACACAGCCAGCAUGGGACGUCACGUGGCCGAACUUUUGCCUUUGAAAGUAUCUGAGACCUGAGGUACCUGAGGUCUCUGGACUCCGCCUCCGCUGUGCAGUCUGUGUGGGUGUAUAUACGGGGUGCGUAAUAGGUCCACACCUAUUACAGUGACCGAUCCUCACUGACUUUCCUGUGCCUCUCAGCCAGGUAUAACACCUGUCCUUGUCUGUGCCCCGUGUGUUUGCACACACACAUGUGCAUCCUGUCCCAAAGAAGGCAAUAGCAGGGGGUGACAGGGCAGCGGGGGAGGGGGGGACAUAAGCCCUCUUCCCCACGAGUAUCCAAGAUUCUGGUCACAGACUGGGCCCCUGUGCCUGCAUUCUAGCGGCCCCGUGCGCUGCCAGCCCUUCUCAAGAAAGACCCCAGUGGGAGGGCGGCUGGCUGCCUGACGGCGGUACCCCCUGUUCCGCCUCAGCCAGGAGGCUGGAGUAUUGGUUCCGGGGGGUGCAGACAUGCAUGCGCAUCGUCUUGGGGGAGAGAUCCGUCAGGAGGGGCAGCUGUGGAGCUGGCAGGAUCGCGGGUGUGUGGCCCCGCAGUAGCCUGGGCAGGUGGCUCCCACCAGCUCCGAGCCCUCAGCCCGUUCUUGGGUUUUGUGCCCCAGACCAGCCUUUCCUCACAUUUGCUUAUCUGUUUGAUGCCCUUGCGGCUGUGGGGGAUUGAGCCUUCCUGCCCUGCCCUGCCCCAUCCUUCAGGGUCCCCAUGUUGGAGCUUGUCCUGCCGAACCUGCUUUCAAAAGCCCUGCCCAGCAAGCUCCAGGGAAGACACCCAAAGGCCUCGUGCUCCCCUCUGCGGGUGUUUCGGGGUCUGACUUUUACGGGGCUGUCCAGGAUAUCCUUAGCAGAGCUCUUGUUGCUGCUGCCUGUGCGUCCCACAUGGCCUACCUACCAUGCCAAAGCCUUGCUGUUACCCCUCCUGCCUUGGUUUCCCCAGCAGAGCCAAGCUGCCGUGGAACAGAGGGGCCAAGGCAUGCAUUUAGGUCAGAGGGCUGAGAAUCCAUCUGGGCAGUUGGGGAAAACCCCAGACCACCACCCAAGGACUCUAAGCCAGAAUGGAAAAUUCACCAGGACUCCAUUCUUGAGUGGCUUCUUGAGCCCAGGGGGUCCCCUAGAGAGAGGCAUUGUACUGAUAUAUAAAUAUAUAUAAUAUAUAUGUGAGACAUACUGACAGGAUCUGUAAGCUAAUAAAAUAUAAGAAAAGGUUAAAAAAAAAGAAUAGGUAAAUUGACAAGAAGUAUUUAUUGUUUUCCCAUAUUGCUUUAUCGCCUCCCCGGGCAUAAACCAGUUCCCAUCCCUUUUUUUAUGUCUAAGUGAAGUCUGAAACGUAGGGGCCCUUUAUCCUUGGAGUGGGCAGUGGGGAGGCAAUGUGCCUGCUCCAUUCCCAUGGCCCCCUUAUUUUCUGGUAAGCCUGGGGCUCAGCAGUCAGCUCCCAGAGAUGAGGGGGAGCUGCCCCCUCACUAUGGGCCUGAGCAAGUGUGUGAGCCUGUGGGGGACAAGGGUGUGUGUGGCCGAUGUGGGUGAUGUGUGUGUCUUUUGCAUUUUUUCUCCUCCAAGAAGCUGUAUCUGUGUGGACAUUCUGUUUCAGGGAGUUGGAAAGGAGAAUGUCUGAAGGUGGGAAGCAGGCCCCCGCUUCCUAAAGGUUGCAACCUUGUACUUGGUGACCGAGGUUCUUCCAAAGUGCUCUUCCUUCUGAGGCGUUCAAGCCAGAUACCCAGAUAUCCCCCCCAUUCCCACCCACCCUAACUCUCUCCCCAGAUAGGAGGUAUUUCCUGCCCACUUCCUUUGUAAAUAUCUUAAAUCUCCCACUGGACGUGGCCCCAGGGUCUUGCCCCUCCUCGUCUGGAUGUCCUCUCCUCACUUGGGGCCAGGCGGAGCGGCAGACCCUUUGGCAGCCAGCCCUGGGCCUUCCACAUGCUUUUCCCACCGCCUCCCCCCGCCCCAGCAGCCCCCACCUCCCGGGCAUGGCCAGCCUGCCCCACUUGGGCCUGAGCCGAGUGUGACCCUGGGAAGGACCAGGGCAUCCUGGGAAGCUGAUCAGCUCAAUCCUCACUCCCUUGCAUCCCUCUGGAAGGAGUGGGUUUCAGAAGAAUGCUAGGGAAGCGUACCCCAGUCUCCAAGUGGCCCUACCUUUGGGUCAGACACUGGUUGGGAGGACACUGUGGCCCUCCCAUGUCUCACAGGUUAGGUCUGUGCACCCCAGCAUGCACACACACACACACACACACACACACACACACACACACAGCACCGCAGUAUAUUCUUGCCAAAGAUUUCCUUUAAGAGAAAGCACUUUUAAUCAUUAUUGUUAUUAUUGUGUAAAUGUCUAGCCUUUUCUCUCCUCCCUCCUCCUCACCCCUGUUUGCUGUUACUGUUGAAUCUGUCUGUCAGCCAGGAGUGUGCUGUCUGGUCUUGCAAACAGGCUGGCAGGGCCAGGGUCCGGGGGAAGUUGGCAAGGAGGAGUGGGAGAGGCAGGGUCAGGUUGCAGAGCGGGGGUGCAGACGUCAGGCGGGCUUACGGCCCCCCGCGCUCCAGCCCGGCGUCUGAGGCCGGCCCCGGGGCCUCCCUGGGGCAGGCCCGCGUGGUGUCUGGAGGGAAGAGGGCAGGGAGAUGACAUGUGUCUGACUCUGGGAGAGGUCCAGCGAGGUGCAGGUGGCUCCACGCCGGUGGACCAGGAGGAGAGGGCAGAGCAUGGGAACAACGGAGAGGUGACCCCAGAGGGGAAGAGGAAGGAAGGGAGCUGUCUGGUCCACCUCCAGGGGUGCCUGGAAUGCCCCUGCCCUGCAGUCUUGGCGUCCUGGCCCCCUCAUCUAGCCAGCUAUCUGAGGGCCACGUACACUGUGACCGAGGUUUGGGAUGGGCCUUUGACCUCCAUCUUCAUCAGAGUCUCUCCCCAGCGGCUCUGAAAACUCAUGGAGUCCUUCUCCCUUGGGCUUCGAGGAAUCCCUCGGUGUAUCAGAGACUGGCAGGAUAGGGCCGGUGGGGCCUGGUGGCCGUAAGAGGCGGCAACCAGGGGCACAAGUGUGAGCCUUACAAAGGUGCUCUCAGGAGAGGGAGGAAGGGGAUGCCGAUGCGCCCGGGCCCAGGUCGGGCAGCCUCUUCCCACCAUGCAGGGCGUGUGGAGGUGUCUGGAAGCAGAACAUCUGUGCUGGACACUUGCCCACCAUCCCUGCCUCCCGAGUCUUCCCUCCUUCUUUGAACUUCUCAACUUCAGGCCCUGGGGAGCCCAAGUGGGUCCAUACCCCAUCCAGGGGCUGCCUACAUCCCCUACAUCUCCCCACGCUCAGGGUCCUUGGAGAGGUUGGGGGCAGAGUCCCAGAGCCAUUCCUCACCCAUGCCCAGGCCCCAGGAUCCAGAAACCGGAGCUCCUGGCCAGUGUAACGCAGGACAUAGGCGUGCGUGUGCAUGCGAGUACAGGAGUCUGUGUGUGCAUAUUUUGCUGAUCUCUUUAGGAAACGUGGGGUUAGGGCCAAAGAUAGUGGGUGGGCAAUGGGACGCCCAGUUCGAUAUCACCCAGCAGUGAAAGGAAUCAGGAGGGCCCCCGAUGGGGGCAAUCGCAGUAUUGUCAAUGGGGACGACUGGCUCCACUGGGUGGGGCUCUGGCAGAUCGGCUCCUUCCUGAUUUCUCUGUCCUCGGAUGACCAGACUGUUGGAGGACUUUUGUGUAUGUCCCACACCUGGGCUCUUCCCGGCAGUGAGGUCUUUGCAGACAGAUGUCCCAAGUUUGGUUUCUAAUCAGUGUUAAGCAGGUUGAGGCUCUCCCGUGUGUCCAUGUUUGGUUUGUGUGUGAGAGUGAGCACAUCUGUGUGUGCAUGCCGUGUUUCCCCAUUUUCUCUCCUCCCUCUGACAUGCCAUUCAGAACAAAUGUAAGAGAUUCCUCGCCACCACCUCCCCGGCCCCCUGCAGGAGAGACAGAAUAACCCAGCGUCCUCCCCACCCCCUGGCUGUGUAUUUAUAUAGAUGGAAAUAUCCUUUCUAUUUUGUAUCAUCGUGCCUAUACUCUCUGCCACCUUGUAUAAACCCUGACCUGUGCAGCUUACCUGGAUACCAAUGUAUCAUACCCUCAUGCCGGCCCCCUCCUGUACAGCUGCUUUCUCUCCUGGCGCCGCAUUGUAUGGCUUUAUACAUGAUAAAGUGAAAGAAAAAUCUC